AUGGCGGUGGCUGAGACACAGCUGUACGCAAAGGUGUCCAACAGGCACAGGAGCAGAAGCACCUCUGUACUCCUCGAGUCUCUCCUUGCCAAAGGAUUCCCAGCUCAUAUUGCGCAAAAAGCCUUGGCUGCUACUGGGCAGAAGACAGUAGAAGAGGCUGCAAAAUGGUUGCAUUCUCACUGCAAUGAUCCCUCUUUGGAGGACCCAAUCCCCCAGGAGUAUGCUCUUUACCUGUGUCCCACUGGCUGCUUGCAUAACUACCUGCUAGAAUUUUGGAAGGAAAGCAAACGCCAGUGUGGGAAAAACAGAGCCCAUGAGGUUUUUCCACACAUCACUCUCUGCGAUUUCUUCACGUGUGAAGACCAGAAAGUGGAAUUAUUGUAUGACACCUUAAAGCGAGUUGGUGAAAGCUUUUCACUACGGUUUCCACCAUCUAUUUCCUUAUUACUACAUUCAUCCACCAGUUACCUUGGCUUCUUCAUUGAUGACAAACAUGCAAAUAUCCUCAAAGAGUUUGCUCAGGCAUUCUCCUCAGAAGCUUCAGCUGUGGCAGAUUGCCAUGUGAAGCCCUGCCUCAAGCAGCUCCACCUUACCUUGUCUCACAGGUUUUAUCCUCACCAUCAGAAGACUUUGGAACAAUUGGCCAAAUGCAUUAACCCAGAGGAGACCUGCCAGUGGGUAGCUGCACUCUACUCACGGGACAUGCGUUUUGUGCAUUACCAGACACUGAGGGCCCUCUUCCAAUACAAGCCCCAGAACAUCGAUGAACUCAUGAUCAAUGCUGGAGACUUCAUCUAUGUUGACCCAACGCAGCAGUCUGAAGUGAGCGAAGGCUGGGUGAUCGGGACUUCACAUCGGACAGGCUGCAGGGGUUUUCUUCCUGAAAACUACACUGAGAGGGCCAACGAGUCAGACACGUGGGUUAAGCACAGAGAAUACGUUUUUGUAACAGCUUCAAGACUCUUCACUCAAACUGAAAAUGAACCUAAUGUGAGGACGAAUGGAGAAGUCCAAAGUCCUCGUAUGUCAAGGAGCAUAACCAAGGUACUUUCUCUUCAGAUAUCUCAGAAUGCCACCCCGCGGAGAAGCGUGCUGGUGAUGCGCCAUGGAGAAAGAGUUGAUCAGGUCUUUGGCAAAUCUUGGCUUCAACAGUGCUUGACUGCAGAUGGAAAAUACUACAGAGCAGAUUUGAACUUCCCUUCCACCCUGCCAAAGCGGAAAGACAGCAUGAAGCAUUUUGAAUAUGAUCCUCCUUUGUCUUGCUGCGGUAUUUUCCAGUCAAGGCUUAUAGGGGAAGCUCUGCUGGACCAGGAGGUGACAGUCAGCUAUGUGUACUCAUCACCUGCACUCCGCUGCAUACAGACAGCUCAACACAUACUGCAGGGGCUUAAAUUAGAUCAAAAAGUCAAAAUCAGGGUGGAACCAGGACUGUUUGAAUGGACCAAGUGGGAAGCAAGCAGAGUAAUUCCUAGCUUCAUGACUGUGACAGAACUGAUAGAAGCAUCUUACAAAAUAGAUACAAGUUACAGAUGUAACUUCCCACUCUCUUCACUGGUGCCAUCAGAAAGUUAUGAAGAGUAUGUAAGCAGAAGCUCUGUGGUUAUAAAACAGAUCAUCAAUGCCUGCCCCAGCAAAGGUGUCAUCCUCAUUGUGGGCCAUGGCUCAUCCUUGGUGUCUUUCACUCGACCUCUGAUAGGACUCCCCAACAGAGACAGCAAAGACUUUGCCCAGGUGAUACGAAAGAUCCCUUCACUGGGCAUGUGUUUCUGUGAAGAGCUGACAGAGGAGAACAAAUGGCAGAUGGUCAACCCACCAGUGAAGACAUUAACCCAUGGAGCAAAUGCAGCAUUUAACUGGAGAAAUGGUAUUGUGGAAGAUUAG